GUUUCCGGCUAGCUGGGGUUAGCUGUCAGCCCGGUCCGUCAUUGUGCAGGGAUGGAGGUAACACGCCAAAAUUUUAAAGACAGUUUGAGCACGGUGUGCAGCGCCAUAGACGAGGCUGACUUUCUUGCCAUCGAUGGGGAAUUUUCAGGGAUAAGCGACGGUCCCAAUGUUAGCGCGCUAACCAACGGGCUGGAUACACCGGAGGAGCGAUACACGAAGCUUAAAAAGCAUUCUAUGGACUUCCUCAUGUUCCAGUUUGGAUUAUGUACAUUUAAGUAUGACCAGACAAAGUCAAAGUAUAUCAUAAAGCCUUUUAAUUUUUAUAUAUUCCCAAAACCAUUUAAUAGGACAUCUCCAGAUAUAAAGUUUAUCUGUCAAAGUUCCAGUAUUGACUUCCUCGCCAGUCAGGGGUUUGACUUCAACAAAGUGUUCUGUCAUGGCAUCCCAUACCUAAAUCAGGAGGAGGAAGCUCAGCUGAGAGAGCAGACGGAGGAAAGGAGAAAUCAACAGGCCAAUGGUUUAGGGACUCCGUUUAUCUCCCCAUCAUCCUCCAAAAUCCCAGCACACGUGCCUGAUGAACAGAAAGACUUCAUUAAUAAAGUGGUUGAAAAGGUUGAGCGGCUCAUCAGUAACGAUGAAAAGACUUUGGACUUGGAGCCAUGUACUGGUUUCCAGAGAAAGCUGAUAUACCAGACACUGAACUGGAAGUUUGCCAAAGGUCUUCAUGUGGAAACCUUGGAAACAGAAAAGAAGGAGCGAUACAUUCAGAUCAGUAAAGUUGAUGAAGAGGAGAAAAAGAAGAGGGAACAGCAGAAACUGGAGAGAGAGCAGGAGGAGUUAAAUGAUGCUGUUGGCUUCUCCAGAGUCAUCCAUGCCAUUUCUAAAUCGGGUAAACUCGUGGUUGGCCACAACAUGCUUUUAGAUGUGAUGCACACAGUCCACCAGUUCUACUGCGCUCUGCCUCAGGAUCUUCAAGACUUUAAAGAGGUUACGAUGUGCGUUUUCCCAAGACUUUUAGACACAAAACUGAUGGCUUCCACACAACCAUUUAAGGAGCUGAUCACUAACACAUCUCUGGCAGAGCUGGAGAAACAACUGAAGGAGAGUCCUUUCAAGCCGCCACAAGUUGAAACUGCAGAGGGGUUCCUCAGUUAUGACACAGCCCAGGAGCAGCUCCAUGAGGCAGGAUAUGAUGCCUACAUCACCGGUCUGUGUUUCAUCUCCAUGGCCAACCAUCUGGGUUCUUUCUUGACACCACCAAAAUCUUUCAUCUCUGCCCGGUCCAAACUCAUUGAACCCUUCUUCAACAAGCUCUUCCUUAUGAGGAUAAUUGAUAUACCCUACCUCAAUGUCACAGGACCAGAUUGUGAGUAA